GGCAACCAAGAAGCCCCAGCUCCCCCUGAAGCCAUGGCCCAACCCUUCCCACCAGCCCAGUACCCCCCUCCACCACAGAAUGGGAUCCCAGCCGAGUACGCCACGCCCCACACCCACCCACCGGCCGACUACACGGGACCAAGCACGGUGGCCGAGCACGCCCUGACGCUCUACACGCAGACGCACACACAGAGCGAACAGCCGGGAAACGACAGCAACACCCCCGCCCUCACAGCCAACACAGUAACACAGGCAGAGGAGGUUGCACAGACGGAGGGCUCCCAGCAGCUCCACCUGCAGCCCAGCGACUCGUCGGAGAAGCAGCAGCCCAAGAGGUUACACGUCUCCAACAUCCCUUUCCGUUUCCGAGACCCUGACCUCCGGCAGAUGUUCGGGCAAUUUGGCAAGAUUUUAGACGUGGAGAUUAUUUUUAAUGAGCGAGGCUCCAAGGGCUUUGGGUUUGUAACAUUUGAAACGAGUGCAGAUGCUGACCGUGCACGGGAGAAACUAAAUGGUACAAUCGUAGAGGGACGCAAAAUAGAGGUCAACAAUGCCACAGCCAGAGUAAUGACCAACAAAAAGGUGGCAAACCCUUACACAAACGGUAAGACUUCAGCCUUAUUUUCCUUAUGGAAGAGUGAGAGGAUCAUAGGCACAGUGCUUCCGCCAUGUUUCUACAGUAUGACAGGGUUUCCAUACCCCAGUACAGGAGCAGCGGUGGCCUAUAGAGGGGCCCACUUGAGAGGGAGGGGUCGCGCCGUCUACAACACGUUCCGUGCUGCACCUCCUCCUCCACCUAUCCCUGCGUAUGGAGCUGUGGUAUACCAGGAUGGCUUUUAUGGGGCAGAAAUAUAUGGAGGGUAUGCAGCUUACAGAUAUGCCCAGCCAGCUGGUACUGCUGCAGCAGCAUACAGUGACAGUUAUGGCAGAGUCUAUGCAACAGCAGACCCAUAUCACCAUACGAUUGGUCCUGCAGCCACAUACAGUGUGGGCACUAUGGCUAGCCUUUACAGAGGAGGGUGCAGUCGCUUCACUCCCUACUAG